CGUUCACUAGCGUCCUAAGCCAGCUCAUUUCGUAUGCUACAGGAAGACAUGGGGGCUGUGUUUCACAGCCAUUACUGACAGCGGUUACAGCUGAGAGCCUGCCUACAAUAAGAAAAUCAUUCUUAAAGCUUAUUUCACAUCAAGGUGCCAGGUCAGACCUGAACAUGGAGUCUAUGCUGAACAAGCUAAAAAGCACCGUUACCAAGGUGACGGCAGAUGUCACCAGCGCUGUCAUGGGCAACCCGGUGACACGGGAGUUUGAAGUUGGUCGACAUAUAGCCAGCGGGGGUCCAGGAUUGUGCUGGAGGAUCUACAACGGGACCAAGAAGUCAACAAAACAGGAAGUGGCAGUGUUUGUGUUCGAGAAGAAGACGGUUGAUAAGUACCCAAAAUUUGAAAAGGACCAAAUUGUGGAUUCGCUAAAACGAGGGGUGCAACAGCUGACCAGACUGCGUCACCCACGUCUCCUGACUGUGCAGCAUCCUCUCGAAGAGUCCCGAGACUGCUUGGCGUUCUGUACAGAGCCCGUGUUUGCCAGUCUGUCCAACGUGCUGGGCCAGUGGGAAAACCUGCCCAGCCCCGUGCCCACCGACAUCAAGGAGUACAAACUGUACGAUGUGGAGACCAAGUAUGGCCUGCUUCAGAUCUCGGAGGGUUUGUCCUUCCUCCACAGUGGAGUAAAAAUGGUCCACGGCAACUUGUGUCUGGAGAACAUCAUCCUGAACAAAAGCGGAGCCUGGAAGAUCAUGGGUUUCGACUUCAGCAUCUCCUCCACUAACCCCUCAGAUGCUGAGCCUAAAUACACGUGUAAAGAGUGGGAGCCCAACCUCCCUCCUCUCUGCCUCCCUAACCCUGAAUACCUGGCGCCCGAGUACAUCCUGUCCGUCAGCUGUGACUCCGCCUCCGACAUGUAUUCCUUGGGUGUGGUCAUGCAUGCUGUAUUCAACGAGGGCAAGCCUGUUUUCCAAGUCAACAAGCAUGACAUAUUUAAGAGCUUCAGCCGGCAGCUGGACCAGCUGAGCACCAUGAGUCCAGCACUAUUGAACAAGAUCCCAGAGGAGGUGCGGGAACAUGUUAAAAUGCUGCUAAGCGUCACACCAAACGUCCGACCGGAUGCAGACCAGAUGACCAAGAUUCCAUUUUUCGACGACGUGGGUGCUGUGACACUGCAGUACUUUGAUUCCCUCUUCCAAAGGGACAACCUGCAGAAGUCGCAGUUCUACAAAGGCCUCCCCAAAGUCCUGCCCAAACUCCCCAAGAGAGUGGUGGUGUAUCGAAUCUUGCCGGCACUGAACUCGGAGUUCGUCAACCCGGACAUGGUUCCCUUCGUGCUGCCCAACGUGCUGCUGAUCGCCGAGGAGUGCACCAAGGACGAGUAUGUCCGUCUCAUCUUACCUGACCUCACGCCUGUUUUCAAGCAGCAGGAGCCCAUUCAGGCUAGUAAUAUGAUCCUGCUGAUUUUCCUGCAGAAGAUGGACCUGCUGCUUACAAAGACCCCAGCAGAGGACAUUAAGAACAGCGUGCUGCCUAUGGUCUACAGAGCGCUGGAAGCUCCCUCUGUACAGAUCCAGGAGCUGUGCCUGAACAUCAUCCCAACAUUCGCCAACCUGAUUGAAUACACGUCCAUGAAGAACUCCCUCAUCCCUCGGAUCAAAUCAGCCUGCCUGCAGACCUCAUCACUGGCCGUACGAGUGAACUCCUUGGUGUGUUUGGGGAAGAUUUUGGAGUACUUGGACAAGUGGUUUGUCAUUGAUGAGAUUCUGCCCUUCCUACAACAGAUCCCCUCCAGAGAACCAGCAGUUCUCAUGGGCGUUUUAGGAAUCUACAAGUGCACCUUCAGCCACAAGAAGUUAGGCAUUCCCAAAGAGCACCUCGCCAGCAAGAGCCUGCCCCACCUGGUCUCUCUCAGUAUAGACAACAACCUCAACCUAAACCAGUUUAACUCCUUCAUGGUGGUCAUACGGGAGAUGCUGAGUCGCAUGGAGGCUGAACACAAAACCAAGCUGGAGCAGCUGCAUGUCAUGCAGGAGCAGCAGAGGAGUAUGAACCCAGGCCAACAAUCAGAGGAGACAAAGAACCCGCCAAGCACAGGGAACCAGAUUGACGAUAUCUUCGGCAGCACAGGGGUUAAUGGGAAAGAGAAUGGAGCCGCAGCGUCAGCCCCACAGCCUAAUAGAAUGUCUCUGACUCUGGAGGAGAAACAGCGACUGGCAAAGGAGCAGGAGCAGGCAGUCAAACUGAGGAACCAGCAGCCUUUAGCACCACAGACCAUCAAAGCAGCCAACACCAACAACUCACAGACUAAGGAUCUGACAAGCAGCCUUCUCAACAGCAUGACGUCUCUAAGCAGCCUGUCCUUAGCCAACCCAGCACGACCAGCCCCAGUUCAAGGGACCACCAUCGCUGCCUUCCCCUCUCCCAGCCCCAUGAUGGGCACCAUGGGUGCUCCAGUCUCCAAUGGCUUCAACCCCACCAUGGGCUUCCAGACAGGAGGCAUGGGGAUGGGCAUGCGGCCCGCCGGCCCAGGCCUCUACGGCGGCAUGGCCACCACCACCAGCACCCCAAACUUUGGAGCCCUCGCCCAGAAUCAAGGACCCAUUGGGCAGACAAACAAAGCCCCGGACAUGUCAGCCCUGGACAGUCUUUUUAUACCCAGCCAGCCCAAAGUCACUCUCAACCAGAUGGGUCCAAAGCCCACGCCUGGCACCAACACCCCUUGGCUAAACCAGUUUGGUUCAGCCCAGAACGCUCAGACUCAGAUGCAGGGGGCGUCAGUCGGAAUGGGAGGGAUGCCCAGUGGGUUCGGGAUGCAGGCAAACCCUUUUUUCAGCCCACAGAACUUUGCUCAACCUGCUGCUGCCCCCAGCCUGAACCAAAGUGGAAUUAAACAAAGUGCGUCGGUCAACAACGAUCUGAAAGACUUAUUCGGCUAAAUGUGAAUCCUAAAAGAUGCUAGAUCGAGUAUAUUCUUUUGAAAUCUUUGGACGGCCUUGAAUUCUCACAAAAACAAGACACUGAUUGAAUGUGAAGAUUUAAAAUCCUUCCAAGGUGUGUUACCUUCUGUGUUUUUUAAUCCGACCUGGUUCAAAUUCUGACUCUCGCUCACGUUCAGCUGGAAAACUCUCGUCCUCCUGAAUUCUGUUUCUACUUGACAAGAUGGACAAAAUGUUCGAGGUUGGAGCUUCUUCCUCCACGCUGUGUUCUUAACAUGCUGGGGGGUUUCCUACUGUUUUGUACUUGACGUUCUUGAACGUUCAAAAUUCCCAGGUUGAGAUGAAUCCCAAAACAGCUCAUCAUGACGAAGAUUUUGUGUGGAUUUCACUUCCUGAACAUCAGAAUCAUCUUUACAAUUGGCAGAAAAAAUACAAAAAGAGUUGCUUCACAUCUGCUCAAUUUCAGGCUUUGUACCUUUCAUUGCUUCUACAGAUUUUAUUUUGUUUUUGUAGCGUGUCUAAAGUGAUAAGGCUGAAGAACAAACAGCUCAUGCACUAGAAAUAUAAGCCCAGUGGGAGUGUAGCACUGACGGGCCUGCAGUGACUGAUCUGCAUCCAUGAGGCUCCUCAGUGGAGAGAACAUGAAAGUGGAUGUAAGAAACUGACUGGCUCAGGGUUGCACUUCAAAGAGGGAUAACCGAGUAGCCCCACUGCAGCCUGUUUCCAUGGUAACUGUUUCUCUGCAGCCCCAGAAACCUUUAUUUUGAGGACACACAAAUCGGGAUUGAAGCUAAAGUCUUUCCCCUCUUUUGCUCUCCUUCUUUUUUUUUCGUCUGCGUCUAAGGCUUCAAAGCUUGCCGAGUAUGUUACUUAAUUUAACAUCAAAGCAGGUUUCUUUUGAAAAGGGAAGGGUUCGUUUUGUCUGGUCCAAGUUUGCAGGCAACCAUUUCACCUCCGUUAAAAACAACUUCUGUAAGAGGCAGUAUGAAUGAGUCGAGCCCUGCUAACGAUGCUAACGCUAAGAAAAGAAUGAACAAGGAGACAUUUGCACUGCUUAGGCUAAAUGUGCCUUACACUCAUCCACUGGUGAUUCUAGAGUCUGUGGGGGCCCUGGUCAAAAAUGUAUUGAGAGGGGGGCCCCUCCAACCACCAUUAUAUCUGCCCGUGUCCCGAUGCUCUUUCUUUUUCUUUUUUCAUUCCCAGACAGAUAUCUCCUCUUCAUCUUCCUACGGUCAUUUUCACAGGAGUAAUACACGAGAUGCUAAGCGGGGCAAUGAGAGUGAGUGCUGUCAGAUGGGGCCCCAUUAGGGAGGUUGGCCACUGGCAUUGCAAAAUUUGCACAUUUUGAGCUACUGCUGUGGUUUAAAGUUUGUCAGCCCUCAGGGGCCCCGAGCAGCUGCCUGCCUGCACUCCUCUGUUACUCAAGUAUUAAUAGCAUCAGCUGUCUUACUUUGUUGCAUGUUCCUGAAAUUGACCACAAAAGAUCUAAAGUUUAAGUUUAGCAUCUUUUCCAAUAAUGAUUCCUAAUGAUUCAAGUGACCAAUCCCAAUAUUUAUUUCACACACUCUGCUACAUUUGCUCCGGUGAGGUGAGCCUUUUUCUGAGGAUCCUCCUGUGCACCACUUCUGUUCAUCAAUUUGUACAAUGAAGAUGUUCUCUAUAUAUAUUUUGAUUUCAGCACGUUGCAGCUGUCAGAGGACCCGUGCUGGAACAUAUUAUUAUGAAGUGUAAAUACAUAGUAUUUAAAAAAAAUGGAUUACUCUGUGAGGGCCGUGAGAUUUUUGAUGUCCUUGUGAUAACGGUGAAGAGGCCUUAGAUGAGUCGUGUGCAAUAAUCCUUAUCGGUUGUUAAGGGUGCACGUCAGUUGUGUCCUUACUUUCAUCCCCACUGACCAUCAGUUCUACCUUUUUAGGUCCCUCAGAUUUUCUAAACAGCUUAACAUCAAUGUGUUCUCAUUCUAAAUCUUACAUUUUUGAAGAGAGAUACAUAAUUUUAGUGUUUUUAGAUGCACCUUGGUCGCACCGUUUUCUGCUGACUAUGAUUGUUGUUAACUUGCUGAAGUGUUUUAUGUCAUGUAUCGGGUUAACCUUCCUUUUUGUACCACCUAAACAAGGUGAGCUCCUUUCAGCCGCAUGGCGUUGUUACUCGCUGACCAAAUGGUUCGGUUUUAUUUCCAAAUUUUGUCGUAAAAAAAAAACAAAAAAAAAACAUUUGAUUUAUGCGGUCGACUUACACUAUGUGGAAAGUUUAGUGUAAUCACAAAUUGAAACUGAUUUGUUGGACGUGUUUCACAUAUCAAGGCAGAACCCCAAAGCAGAAAACAAAAAGCUUAUUCUUCUACAAGAUUGUUUGUAUACCACUGCUGUCCUCUUAUGUGUAGUGUUGCCCUCGUUUUGUGUGACGGUGCUGGUCUCUGAGGUGGAUCAAUGAAAAUCUGUACAUAUAAAAGAAAGUACACAAUCGAA